GGUACGGGUUCGUUUGCCUCGUCAGCGUCCGCGUUUUUCCCGGCCCCCCCCAACCCCCCCGGACAGGACCCCCUUGAGCUCGUCCCUCAGCUGCCACCAUGAGCGACCAAGAUCACUCCAUGGAUGAAAUGACAGCCGUGGUGAAGAUUGAAAAAGGAGUUGGUGGCAAUAAUGGGGGCAAUGGUAAUGGUGGUGGUGCCUUUUCCCAGGCUCGAAGCAGCAGCACAGGCAGUAGCAGCAGCAGUGGAGGAGGAGGACAGGAAUCCCAGCCAUCCCCUUUGGCUCUGCUGGCAGCAACUUGCAGCAGAAUUGAAUCACCCAAUGAAAACAGCAACAACUCGCAGGGCCCAGGCCAGUCAGGGGGCACCAGUGAGCUUGACCUCACGGCCACACAACUCUCACAGGGUGCCAAUGGCUGGCAGAUCAUCUCUUCCUCCUCUGGGGCUACCCCUACCUCAAAGGAACAGAGUGGCAGCAGUACCAAUGGCAGCAAUGGCAGUGAGUCUUCCAAGAAUCGCACGGUCUCUGGUGGGCAGUAUGUUGUGGCUGCCACCUCCAACUUACAGAACCAGCAAGUCUUGACAGGACUACCUGGAGUGAUGCCUAACAUUCAGUAUCAAGUAAUCCCACAGUUCCAGACCGUUGAUGGGCAACAGCUGCAAUUCGCUGCCACUGGGGCCCAAGUGCAGCAGGAUGGUUCUGGUCAAAUACAGAUCAUACCAGGUGCAAACCAACAGAUCAUCACAAAUCGAGGAAGUGGAGGCAACAUCAUUGCUGCUAUGCCAAAUCUACUCCAACAGGCUGUCCCCCUGCAAGGCCUGGCUAAUAAUGUACUCUCAGGACAAACUCAGUAUGUGACCAAUGUACCAGUGGCCCUGAAUGGGAAUAUCACUUUGCUACCUGUUAAUAGCGUUUCUGCAGCUACCUUGACUCCUAGCUCUCAGGCAGUCACUAUCAGCAGCUCUGGGUCCCAGGAGAGUGGCUCCCAGCCCGUCACCUCAGGGACUGCCAUCAGUUCUGCCACUUUGGUAUCAUCACAAGCCAGUUCCAGCUCCUUUUUCACCAAUGCCAAUAGCUAUUCAACAACUACUACCACCAGCAACAUGGGAAUUAUGAACUUUACCACCAGCGGAUCAGCAGGGACCAACUCUCAAGGCCAGACACCCCAGAGAGUCAGUGGGCUACAGGGGUCUGAUACUCUAAACAUCCAGCAGAACCAGACAUCCGGAGGCUCAAUGCAAGCAAGUCAGCAAAAAGAGGGAGAGCAAAACCAGCAGUCACAGCAACAACAAAUUCUUAUCCAGCCUCAGCUAGUUCAAGGAGGACAGACCCUCCAGGCUCUUCAAGCAGCACCAUUGUCAGGGCAGACCUUUACGACUCAAGCUAUCUCCCAGGAAACCCUCCAGAACCUACAGCUGCAGGCUGUUCCAAACUCUGGCCCCAUCAUCAUCCGGACACCAACAGUGGGGCCCAAUGGACAGGUCAGUUGGCAGACUCUUCAGCUGCAAAACCUCCAAGUUCAGAACCCACAGGCCCAGACAAUCACGCUGGCCCCAAUGCAGGGUGUUUCCCUGGGGCAGACCAGCAGCAGCAAUACCACCCUUACACCCAUUGCCUCAGCUGCCUCUAUCCCUGCCGGCACCGUCACUGUGAAUGCUGCUCAGCUCUCCUCUAUGCCUGGCCUCCAGACCAUUAACCUCAGCGCAUUGGGUGCUUCAGGAAUCCAGGUGCACCAGCUUCCGAGCCUGCCGUUGGCUAUAGCGAAUGCCCCAGGUGAUCAUGGAGCUCAGCUUGGCCUCCAUGGGGCCGGUGGUGAUGGCAUCCAUGAUGACACUGCAGGUGGAGAGGAAGGAGAAAACAGCCCAGAUCCCCAACCCCAAGCUGGUCGGAGGACCCGGCGGGAAGCAUGCACCUGCCCCUACUGUAAAGACAGUGAAGGAAGGGGCUCUGGGGAUCCUGGCAAAAAGAAACAGCAUAUUUGCCACAUUCAAGGCUGUGGCAAAGUAUAUGGCAAGACCUCACACUUACGGGCACACUUGCGCUGGCAUACAGGCGAGAGGCCGUUCAUGUGUACCUGGUCGUACUGUGGGAAACGCUUCACACGUUCAGAUGAGCUGCAGAGGCACAAACGCACACAUACAGGUGAGAAGAAAUUUGCCUGCCCUGAGUGUCCCAAGCGCUUCAUGAGGAGUGACCACCUGUCAAAGCAUAUCAAGACCCACCAGAAUAAGAAGGGAGGCCCCGGUGUAGCCCUGAGUGUGGGCACUUUGCCCCUGGAUAGUGGGGCAGGUUCAGAAGGCAGUGGCGCUGCCACUUCUUCGGCCCUCAUUGCCACCAAUAUGGUAGCCAUGGAGGCCAUCUGUCCAGAGGGUAUUGCCCGUCUCGCCAACAGUGGCAUCAACGUCAUGCAGGUGGCAGAUCUGCAGUCCAUUAAUAUCAGUGGCAAUGGCUUCUGAGAUCAGGCACACGGGGCCAGAGACAUAUGGGCCAUACCCAUCAACCCCGGGAUGCAAGGUAGCAUGGGUCCAAGAGACAUGUGGGAGAGAGAGCCACGAGGCAUUAAAAUGCAUGGUGGUGGGAAGAAUUGGGGGAGGGAUAUAAGAGAAGAGAUGGGGUCCUGGCACCCACCUAUAUCAUCAGUACCUCCUUGAAGUGGUGAACAGGAGUGAAAAUUCUGUUGGUGCCACCCUUUGAUGAGCAUUUGUUUGACCCCAGCGAGUUUCUUACAUUUCUUACCCCAGCCUCCCUGUCCUGCAUUUCCUUUCUCAGCUCCCUCAUGAUGGAUCCCCCCCUUUCCUAAAGCCAUCAUGCCUUGUUAAAUAUAUAUGAUCAUUGAAAUACUUUUUAACAAAAA